AUGGUUUUUCGUGUACUAUUCUGCCUAUUCGUUAUUGCUCAUUCUGUGAAUGGAAACGCUUUCUCGGCUUUUGGCACCGCCGAUGAUGACGCACAGUCCAGUGCUGCCGCUGAGGUCGCCAAGAAGGUUGGUUUUUUUUUUGGUAAGAAGUUUCCAUGGAAGGAUAGCUACAUAGAGCUUCAUAGAUUGUGAAAAUCUUCCAUUUUCCGAAUUUAUCGAGCUUGGACAGGUUCUAGAAGGGCCUGAAAAGAUGCUUUUUGAAAAAAAAUACAUCAGAAACUCCUUUUCUCUUGACCUUUUUGUAGGGACCGCAACCAAAUUUUCAAAAAAGUCUUCGAGCUUCAAUAUUACUAUGGUUGGAUAGCUGCUCUAACUUACUAUUCAAAACAGUUUAGUUUUUCGAAAAAGGUUGGUCAAAACAGAAGUGAAAGAAGUCGCGAAAUUUAGUACUGAAAGUUUAGAUUUUACACUUUAGGCGUUCAUUUUGUUAUCAUAUCGGAUUUAAAUUUUUUAGUAGUUUUUUUCAGUUUUCAAAGUCAUAAUAAGUUAUAACAGUUUAAAAACACAAGUUUGAAGAGAAAAGCUAUUUUUUCAUUAAAAAUAAAAAAAAUGGCCGCUGCGAGGAUCGAACUCGCGAUAUCAAAACUGUAUGCAAGCGCACUUGCGCUGCUCCACGUCCGUCCCUCGGUGAUGGGAGGCGUUCGCGCUAUACACCACUUCCCCUCAAAGUACAGCAUUUACCGACUAUUUUGUUAAAAAAAAAAGUUAUGAUAUUUGAACAAUUAUCCCGAAGAAAAAAAAUAGUUUUGGUUUUUUGUACGACACUCCGCUAAAACGAUAUAGGGACUCUUUUUGCGGCCUUUUUGCUGCCUUUUUGCGGCCUUUUUGUGGCCUUUUUGCAGAAUUUUUGCAGCCUUUCUGUGACCUUUUUGCGGCCUUUUUCGAGCCAUUAUCCACCAUUCCGACUUUGUUUUUUUUGAUGUGAGUUGAAAAGGUUUCUAUUAAGGGGGAGCCAGUUGGAAUACCCCGACUUUCCCUUCGAUUUUUGAACUCUCCAGCUUUCCACAUUAAUCCUCACGAUCCCCAGGACGAGCUGAACGUCGGCGAGUACUGCGCCGCGUUCCGAAUCAACUUCAACUACUACUGCCGUGGGAUCUGGACCCUGGAGAAGCUCCAGAAGAACAGCCAUCACUAUGAGAAGAUCCAGGCCUUCUGUCCGAAUUACAAGAAGAACUGCAUAGAAGAGACUGCGUUGGUGCCAGGAAAUAAGAGCACGACCUUCAAGAUUUCUUUUUUCAGCGCCAAACGAGGUUUGGAACGGGCCAAGACUGAGCGGAGGCGGCGACUUUUGAAAGCCGUUGGGGACUUGAACUACGACGAGAUCAUGCAGGGGGUUCGUCAUUGUUGCGAGAUAAAAGCGAUAUAGCUGGCAAACUGAUGCGACAUCGCAAAAGUCCUGCUUCGUAGCCACGCCUGUCUCGCAUUUUGAAAAUUCUCAAAUUUUUUCGUUUGCGUAUAACAUGCGAGAUGAAAGCGAUAUCGCUGGCGAUUAAUUGCGAAAUCGCGAAAGUGCUGUUUUUGAGUUUUCUUUUUUUAAUUUUUAUGUGUGCGUAUAACAUGCGAGAUGAAAGCGAUGUCGCUGGCAAAUUAUUCCGACGUCGCAAAAGUGCUGCAUUGUAGACACGUCUGUCUCGCGUUUUGGAAAUUCUCAAAUUUUGUCGUGUGCGUAUAACAUGCGAGAUGAAAGCGAUAUAGCUGGCAAAUUAUUGCGACAUCGCAAAAGUCCUGCUUCGUAGCCACGUCUGUCUCACAUUUUGAAAAUUCUCAAAUUUUUUCGUUUUCGUAUGAAUCGUGAGAUGAAAGCGAUAUCGCAAAAGUGCUGCAUUUUAACAGCGCUGUCCUUGCAUUUCCCUUGGCGAAAUAUCGCAUUUCGGGAGUUUUUGAUUUCGUAUAACAUGCGAGAUGAAAGCGAUAUCGCUGGCGUUCCGUUGCGACAUCGCGAAAGUGCUGCAUUAUAGCAGCGCUGAUCUUGCAUUUCGUUUGGCGCGAUAUCGCAUUUUGGAGCCUUUCAAAACUUUAUCGAAUGCGUUAGAAAAACAAGAAAAUUGCGAUAUCGCGCCGAAAAAUGUGAGUCCGGCGCGAUGAUAAAGCAGCACAUUUGCGCUCCUUUUCGAUAUAGUGUCAGUUGUAGAGCCAAUACAGGCUUGAGCCAAUCAGCGCGAUAUCGCAUCUAGGAGACUUUCACAUUUUUUUUCGAAUGCGUCAGGAAUGCGGGAAAAACGCGAUGUCGCGCCAAAAAAUUCGAGCCCCGCGUGGCGACAGAGCGAUUCGUUUGCGAGUUUUUAAGUGUAACCACAUAGUUUUUCUCUUGCUCAGGGAAGGCGGUUAUUUUAAUAUGCGAUAUCGCUGGCGUUACAUUGCGACUGCAAUAUCGCAUAUUUUCCUUUGCGCGAUAUCGCGUUUUCGAAAAUUUUCACAUUUUUUUUUCGAGUGCGUCAGAAAAGCGGGAAAUACGCGAUAUCGCGCCAAAAAAUUCGAGCCUCGCGCGGCGACAAAGCGAUUCGUUUGCGAGGUUGUAACGACAUCGCUUUUCUCUCGCGUAGAGUAGAAAAUUAUUCGGUUUAAGCUCGCCGGAGUGGUGCCAUGUCGACGAAACUGCGACCAUCGACUUCAUCCUCACUGUACCCCGAAAUGCAAGGUUCGCCGUAGUUUUUUGGGAAAUUUCUGAUUUUUUCCGAAUUUUCAGUGUGAAUACGAGCUGGAACGCAUGAAAGACUGGUGCAAACCGCCCCAGGUCUCAGCUCUUCUCAUUUCUUGCAGGUUUCAUUUUUUUUUUCUAUAAGAUAGUCGAUUCACGGUUGGCCUAUGACGCUAGGGGGCGUGGCCUGUCUGCGCUCUCCACCAACCAGGCACUGUCGCUUUCCUUGUCGAAAAGUGUUGUAUAGUCGAUUAACGGGUAGCUUGGGACUUAAAGGGGCGUGGCCUGGGAGGGGGAUCAAAGUAUUCAAUGAAUUUUUUGAAAAAUGACGUUAACAAAAAUUUAUUUUCAGAGUCAUAGUUCAUGUACGUAAACUAGCUUAGUGUUUUGUUACUUUUCAACCUUAUCAAAUAAUUUUUAAAAGCUAUGGCCGCAUUUGGAAUGGCUCUAAGCCACCCGGAUGGAGUAAAGCAGUUUCUUGUAAUGCUUUCAUUGCCCUAGCCCGAAAGUCGUUUUUGGUCGGGCGCAAACUUUUUUGUAGCCGAGACAUUCCAAGUGCGACCUUUGGUGGGUCAGUGACUUCUCCUCUUAUAGUGAACUUUAAAAGUCGUGGCCGCAUUUAGAAUGGCUUCAAGCGUCGCGGUCGCGUUGCGGAUGAAGUUUUCAUUAAUGCUUUUAAUGCCCUCGCCCGCAAGUCAUUUUUGGUCUGGCGCAACUUUUUUGUAGCCCGAGCCAUUCCACGUUUUUGAAAAUAAAUUUUAAAAAACCUGAAAAUCUAAUGAUUUAUAUGUUUUUUAUUUUAGAUGCGGCCCGUAAAUUUCCAAUAAUCUGAAAGAUCUUUUUGAACAUUUAUAGCAAAUCUCCUCAUGUUGAAAUUUUGUUGAAACUCGGGCUGAAAUUCCCUUAAGGGCCUUCUUAUUCCAGAAAAAUACAAAUUUUUCUCGGGAAUGAUCUUUUUUCCGAGUUAUGAAGCUUCAAAGCUCGUUUAGAAGGUUCUAAGGUAAAAUUACCCCUUUAGGAAUCACUUAGGCUCGUUUUCCCCUUAAACCCUAUAGGGAACUCUCUGGAGUUCCUAAGUUACAAACUUUAAUCACCCCCCUCUAGGUUUAGAAGGCUCUAAGGUACAUUUCAACCAAGUUUUACCGAAAAAAAUUGAACCGAGGGCAGAAAAAAAUCCCUUUGUAAGAUCAUAAAAUGUAUAUUAUUGCCACCUCUCCAUCUCAACUUUUCUUCCAGAAUGUGGGAAUACGAAUGCGCCAGCUUCUUACCCGAAAAUUACGCGUCUAUUUACGUCCAAGACCGUUCGGAGGACCAAAGCGAGGAAAAAGAGCGGAAAAGGAGACGAUUUUGA